AAUCAACAGCAACAACAGCAGCAGCAGCAGCAGCAGCAGCAGCAGCAGCAGCAGCAGCAGCAGCAGCAGCAGCAGCAGCAGCAGCAGCAGCAGCAGCAGCAGCAGCAGCAGCAGCAGCAGCAGCAGCAGCAGCAGCAGCAGCAGCAGCAGCAGCAGCAGCAGCAGCAGCAGCAGCAGCAGCAGCAGCAGCAGCAGCAGCAGCAGCAGCAGCAGCAGCAGCAGCAGCAGCAGCAGCAGCAGCAGCAGCAGCAACAGCAGCAGUAGCACUCAGCUCAUAUGCAUACUGCAUUUGCAUACAUACAUAUACAUAUGCUCGUAUGUGGAUAUGUACAUACAUAUACAUACAUACAUAUUAAACAAAAGCACAUGCACUCACGCACGCACACACAUAAAUAAUUCAGCAAUCAAACAUGAGACAGCGUCUAGCUCGAGUUGCUCUAGCUCCAAAAUAAAAUGAAUUUAUUAAAAUAAAAAUAUACAA